UUUGGAAAAUCGAUGCCCCAGUUGCUACAGGCAAUAGUUAAAAAAAGAAACACUUGCUUUUUUUUCUACAGAGAGAAGAACCAGAGUCUGAAACACUCUGAUACGGUGCCUUCUAUUAUAUAUUAUUUAUAAAGAGAGGCAGACAGGCAGAAAGAGAGAGAGAGUAUGGAAGGUGGUUUGAUUUUUGAAUUUGAUUGUGAUCGUUUCCUAAACCUCGAAUGCUUAAAUAGGUUUUGAAUUUGGUUUGUCUUCAAAGUUUAAGAUCUUCCAUCAGGGAACAAAAAGUGGGUUCUGGGUUUUUUUUUAUUCUUUUAAAGAAAUCUGAUUGUGCGUUGCAGGUUUCAAUUUUGGAGUAAAGGAAAGAGUUUUCUGGUUUCCUUGUUUGGAAGCCAUGGUGUGUUGCUGAUUCUUAGAAGCAUAUUUUUUCUGGGUCGGGGAAUUGAGAGAGAAAGUGAAAGAAAGUUUGAAGCUUAAGCUACAGUUGGGUUGCUUGGUGGAGAAAAAGGAACAAGCUUUGGAGUCCCUGAGUCGUAAAGGUUGGUCCAAUAAUGGUCAUUGAAGUUGUUUUAGCUAACUCUCUUUGAUCCCUUCCCUCAUAAAAGGGCAAAAAAAAAAGCCUCGAACAGAGGGUAUUGACCAUUGGAGACUAAUUGGUGGCUGUAAAUAGUGGAGACUAGAGUGUGCUGUGAAUUACAAGGAAAGUCAAAGCAAUUUUGAGCUCUAAUGAUCAUUUGGAUCAAAAUCCAUAUCUGAAUCAUGGGAGAAGGUACUGGAAAUGGGGUUUUGGCUGAUGGUAAGUCGGCUGAGGAAUGGUUAUGGCAUGCUCAAGAACUUGUUCCCAUGGCACUUGAUAAGGCAAGGAAGGUGAAGGGGUUCCCCGGUAGGUGGAAGAUUAUAAUUUUCAAAUUGGAGCAGGUCCCGUCACGGUUAUCGGACUUGUCGAGCCAUCCUUUCUUUUCGAAAAAUGCUCUUUGUAAGGAGCAACUGCAGGCUGUGUCAAAGACAUUGAAGGAAGCCAUUGAAUUGGCAGAUUUAUGUCUGAAGGAGAAGUAUGAGGGGAAGCUUAAGAUGCAGAGUGAUCUCGAUGCGUUGUCUGGGAAACUGGAUCUGAAUUUAAGGGAUUGUGGACUUUUGAUCAAGACUGGUGUACUUGGUGAAGCUACUUUGCCUGUAUCUUUAGUUGGUUCGUCAUCGGAAUCGGAGACUGCAGCACACGGCCAUCUAAAGGAAUUGCUUGCACGUCUUCAGAUUGGGCACUUGGAAGCAAAGCACAAAGCUAUUGACAGCCUUGUUGAGAUUAUGAAGGAGGAUGAAAAGGGUGUGUUGUCUGUUAUGGGACGGAGUAACAUCGCUGCUUUAGUCGAGUUGUUAACAGCAACUUCUCAUCGUAUCCGGGAAAAGACUGUGACUGUAAUCUGCUCACUUGCAGAAUCUGGGAGUUGUGAGAGCUGGCUUGUUUCGGAAGGUGUUUUGCCUCCUCUCAUAAGGCUUGUUGAAUCUGGCAGCACAGUUGGUAAAGAGAAGGCAAUAAUUUCACUUCAGAGGUUAUCGAUGACAACAGAAACAGCCAGAGCAAUUAUAGGGCACGGCGGGGUUCGACCACUAAUUGAAAUCUGCCGGACUGGAGGCUCGGUUUCACAGGCUGCAGCUGCUAGUACAUUAAAAAACAUAUCAGCUGUUCCUGAGGUUCGACAAGUGCUAGCAGAGGAAGGAAUCAUAAAAGUGAUGAUCAAUCUCCUUGAUUGUGGAAUUUUGUUGGGUUCAAAAGAGUAUGCUGCAGAAUGCUUGCAGAAUCUCACUGCCAGCAAUGAGAAUCUGAGAAGGUCUGUUGUUUCAGAAGGUGGAAUUCGAAGUCUAUUGGUAUACCUUGAUGGUCCUUUACCCCAAGAAUCAGCAGUUCGAGCUUUGAGGAACUUGGUUGGCUCGGUAUCGAUGGAAGUUCUUGUGUCACUUGGCUUCCUCCCUCGAUUAGUUCAUGUGCUCAAAUCCGGAUCAUUGGGUGCACAACAAGCUGCUGCAUCAACCAUCUGUCAAGUUUGCAGAACAAAUGAAACAAAAAAGCUGGUAGGCGAAGCUGGCUGCAUUCCUCUUCUUAUUAGGAUGCUUGAGGCUAAAUCAAACAGUGCUAGAGAGGUAGCUGCUCAAGCCCUUUCAAGCUUGGUAACUGUGUCCCAGAAUUGCAGGGAAGUGAAAAAGGACGAUAAAAGCGUGCCAAAUCUGGUCCAGUUGCUUGAUCCAAGUCCCCAAAACACCGCAAAAAAGUAUGCAGUGUCUUGCCUGGCAUCUCUCUCAUCAAGUAAGAAAUGCAAAAAGCUUAUGAUCUCAUAUGGAGCCAUUGGGUAUCUCAAGAAGCUUUUCGAGAUGGAAACCCCUGGUGCCAAGAAGCUACUUGAGAGGUUGGAAAGGGGAAAACUUAGAUGUUUGUUUAGCCGGAAGUAGGGGGGAAGAAAUUGGAAAAAAACUCCCGUUUUGUAUAAUGAAAAUUUCCCUUUUUCUUGUUCAUAUUCUUUCCUACCUCUUCCUUGUAUUAUGUUUCAUUGUCUGUAUGAAAACAAACUAGUUAUGUGCUAUCAAUGUUUUUAUAUUUAUCAUAACUGUAAGAUUUCCCCCGUG